AUGGAUUAUCGAAGAAAAUCAGUUGAACACAUAUUCAAUCGUGGCGAUCCUUAUCCAGCAGAAGUUGCUGCAACUGUUCAAGCAGUUAUGGAAUCUCUUAAUUUUUCAAAUCCAUAUCGACUUGUUUGGCAAUCAAAAGUUGGACCGAGUGCUUGGCUUGGUUGUGCAACAGAUGAUGCUAUCAAAGGAUUAGCUAAUAAUAAUCGUCGACAUAUUCUUUUAGUUCCAAUAGCAUUUACAAGUGAUCAUAUUGAAACUUUACAUGAACUUGAUAUAGAAUAUGCUCAACAUCUUGCUACAAGUGUUGGAAUUAAAAUGAUUCGUCGCUGUGCAUCGUUAAACGAUAGUCCACUUUUUAUCAAAGCUAUGGCUGAUAUUGUUCAUGAACAUAUACAAAGUCAACGUUGUUAUACAAAUCAAUUACCUCUUCGUUGUCCAGGCUGUGUCAAUGCCUCAUGUGAACAAAUGCGAAAAUUUUUUUGUUCAUCAUCAUAA